AUGGAGAUGGCAGCAAACCAACUGUCUGGCACCAUCAGCAAUUGUCUUUAUGGCACGGGUAUUGGUGGAGAACUGGAAGCAACUUCUGACAUAUUACCUGGUAAAUGAAUCCCGUGGUAGUGAGAAAGUGAAAGAAAAAUUAGAGGAUAUCAUUAAUAAAGUUGAACCAUAGGACUGGAGGUUGUGGCGGUUGUUCGAAACAACCUUAUUAAUUAUGACUACCAUUGUGAGGAAAAAGUGGCAGCAUCAUGGAGACAUCAAAGCCCUAUUAGGUACAACAUAGAUUCCAAGAAUCAUAUCCGGUGUUGUCCAAAAUUAACGAAUAAGCAUAUUUUCCCAAACGGAUUUCAGAUGAUGAAGGUAAAAUAUGCCGCACAAGUUUUAAGCAACACAGUUUCAGCAGCAGUGUUGAUGGCAAUAAACGGUGGUCUUCCUCCAGACGCAACAGAGAAAGCUGAAAUUAGAUCCACGUUUGAUGAAAUUUUUGACUUUCUGAACAGCUCAUCGUUCAAAAGUUACAAAAUACACAAUCGACCCAUAACUUCAGAGUCAAAGCACCCUGGAUUGAUGAAAGAAUGUGUUCAUUUUUCAGAAAAAUUACCGUUAAAGAUCCAGCAACUGAUGAAGAUGUUACAUCCACUUUGA